AAAAAGGGUUUAGGAAAUCAGAAUAGCUUCCGAAAGAAAUAACAAUAAUACCCUUCUCCAUCUCUACGCCUCUCAUUGCUUCAUCCAUUCCAGUUCCACCCUUUCUCUUUCGUCUCGUCUUCGUCGCUGCCAUCGAUCCAGUCAAUCGUCAAUCGUCAAUCGUCUGGUUCUUCCAUUUGCUUACAAAACAUUUACGGUCCCAAGCUCAAUACAAAGUUUACAGCUAGGUAAAGUAUGCUACUAUUUUCAGCAAUUCACCCCAUUAACAUAUCAAAAAUGAAGUCAGGCCUUGUUUCUAUUAGCACUUGCUAUAUGGAUCUUGAUGACAUAUUUGGUCCUUCACUAAAUUUAGAAGACACCCACUUAAACGAAGGCUAUCAAGAAGGCUACAAGACUGGUUUUGCUUCAGGAAAAGACGAUGGACAUGAAGUUGGAAUAAAAACCGGGUUCAUAACUGGUGAAGAAUUAGGGUUUUAUAGAGGUUGCAUUGAUGUUUGGACCUCUGUGAUUCAAAUUGAACCCACAUGUUUCUCGACCCGGGUUCAAAAAAAGAUUAAAGAAAUGGAUGAAUUGGUGUCAAAAUAUCCGAUUUUGGACCCUGAAAAUGAGAAUGUAACGGAUAUUAUGGGAUUGUUAAGGUUGAAAUUUCGGGCUAUUUGUGCAACUUUAAAUAUGAAAUUGGAGUAUAAAGGGUACCCGAAGGCAUCAGAACCGAAUGAGAUUCAGUUUUGAGGAAUGUAAAGUGAUAAUUACAUGGCUUUUGGUUUGCAGAAUGUUUGUAGAAUGAAUGAAAUCUAUUAAAGGAAUUUCUAUAUGAAGGAAUUGUAAUUUGUUA